AGCCCAAAAAUAACCUUAAAUUAGGACCAAAAAGCUUAUUUUUGUUUUUAUACAUUUUUACAAUAGCAAUAUUACUUUGUGGCUGUGGUAACUAACUAACCGUGGUAUCCUUACGCUAGCGACUGUUUGGAACUCGUAUACCAGAAAUCGGAAUUGCAUAACUGACGUUAACUAGGAGGCACCACUUGCUGUGUUACAUCGACCACCAGUUCUACAGGCAUGCUGAACACGCCAAUGGACUGACACAUCGACUGACAAUGGACUGACCGGCCCUCUCCACCAGUCUCCUGCUCCUCUCAGUGUUUGUGCCUGCUGGUUCCCGGUUGGUUCCUCGGGCACCGGGUGUCAUGGCGUCCAACAGUCGGGCUGGAAGACAUUCCCUGUGGUGGUUUCUCUCGCCGUUCCGGAGCAGACAGGAGCGUGUGGUGCUGGCACGCAGCGAGAGCAUGCCGGGGGAACACGUGCUGAAGAUCACCAUCACAGAGACUACUGUGAUCGAGGCAGACUCGGGGGUGUGGAACUCUAAGUCGCUGGUCUACCUGGGUCUGUGGUACUUCUUCAGCUUCUGCACACUGUUCCUCAACAAGUACAUCCUGUCUCUGCUGGAGGGGGAGCCCAGCAUGCUGGGCGCUGUUCAAAUGGUCUCCACCACCAUCAUAGGCUUUCUGAAGAUGUAUGUGCCUUGCUGCCUAUACCAGCACAAGGCCAGGACUGAGUACCCCCCCAACUUCCUCAUGAUCAUGCUGUUUGUGGGUCUCAUGAGGUUCACUAGUGUGGUGCUGGGACUGGUGAGCCUGAAGAAUGUGGCGGUCUCCUUUGCUGAGACGGUGAAGAGCUCCGCGCCCAUCUUCACUGUCAUCAUGUCUAGGCUGAUCCUAGGGGAAUACACAGGGAUGUGGGUGAAUCUGUCCCUUUUUCCUGUCAUGGCUGGCCUGGCCCUCUGCACUGCAACAGAGAUCAGUUUUAAUAUGCUGGGCUUCUCUGCAGCCCUUUCCACCAACAUCAUGGACUGUUUACAGAAUGUUUUUUCAAAGAAGCUACUAAGUGGAGACACAUACAAAUUCAGCCCUCCAGAACUGCAGUUCUACACCAGUGCAGCUGCAGUCAUUAUGCUAAUACCUGCCUGGGUCUUCCUCAUGGACCUUCCAGUGAUUGGGAAAAGUGAGCGUUCGUUCAGCUGGAGUCAAGACAUCGUUCUGCUGCUGCUGUUUGAUGGGGUCCUGUUCCACCUGCAGAGUGUCACCGCCUACGCCCUCAUGGGACGCAUCUCUCCCGUCACCUUUAGUGUUGCCAGCACAGUGAAGCACGCCAUGUCUAUCUGGCUGAGUAUCAUUGUGUUCAGUAACCACAUCACGGUGCUCAGCGCCGCCGGCACGGCCCUGGUUUUUGUUGGUGUGCUGCUGUACAACAAGGCCAAGCAGUUUCAGAGAGACACGUUACAGGCCCUGGCCCAGGCUCAGGACCAACACAACAAACCACUUCUGCAGGACCACGAGCUCCAAGCAUCGGACCGAUAUACUCCCCAGGAGACCAAAGGGGGAGAGACCAAAGAGGUCUGUUCUUUUUAACUUUGAUCAUGUAGAACCUGAUAUGCAGACUUGCACCAGCAUUACAACAAAUCGGAGAAGUCAACGGUCUUCAUAGCACAGUGAAAGGAUCUGUCACUGGGGUUUCUCUCAGUGGGAAUUGUCCAUUCGAGAGGUUGGUUUCAUUCGGCCUCACCUUGAUUCACUCUGAUGAUACCUUUGUGAACUUGCCUUAGUGUGCGGUCUGAACGCGGACCAGUGUUUGACUCGGUUCUGGUGUGUUUGAACUUCACUUUUACACUGUCAAUUCCUUUUGUUGUUCCAUUCCCUCACCUGAAAUGUUUCAUUAUUUCAUAUGGUUUUGAAACACGAGCAAACUCAGGAUUUCUCUCAAUGUUCAUUGGGUGGAAGCGGUUCAAUGCAAGUCUAUUUUUCCUGCGUACUUGCCUUUAUGAUAAUUUUUGUAAUGUUUUAUUGAGUCUUACAUUUUUCGGUUAUGGACACACGUUGUCGUUGACUAAACAGCUUUAUUCUCCUGAUCAUUGGCAAAGGUCCAUCAACAUGUAGAACAGUCAAGACAUUCAUCAUUCAUCAUUCAUUCUAAUAGGGCUUUAGCUCAGCUGUAUACCAAUUGGUCACAAGUGUAAAGCAAAUAUUUGCGGCAUUAGCCUGACCACAAAGGUGUCUUACCUUCGGGGGAGAUGAGGUAGAGAGGGUAACCCUUUGUUUUCCCAAAGCUCACCGUUGACACUGAACUUCUCACAGCAAUUUAAUUUUAAAUAUUUGAAAACCUUGAGUGCAGUCUGCAGAGGUCGUAUCCUUAUCUGCAGUUCUUCCAAAAUCACCUAGCAACCAUUUUUAAUUUUGCAAAGCUUUCUUUAGGUUACUAUUGUGUUGGUUCUUCAUUUUCUUGUUGUUCUUGAACAGAACCUGAAAGUUUCGUCAUAGCUAGGUGUUGAGAGAUUGAUUUGGGCUUAUGUGGCAUUGUGUAGCUUUCCACACCCCUGUCUUACUUUCUGUGCCACACUGAACCUUGUUAUUUGCUAAGAGUCAGUUGAAUAGGGGAGACUUGAUGUACUUUAUUUCAAGUGCUAAGCAUACUGUUAAUGAAACUGUUAUUUGUCUUGAGUACAUUCCUUUGUUGUUUUUGCAUUCUUGUUCAACAAUGAAUAUAUUUUUAGUAGUUCUGGUUAUGAAACACCCCAAGGUCUCUCAACCAACCUCUUCAGGAUCUGCCCCUAGAACAAGGAUAUGCAUAUUCUUGAUACCAUUUGAAAAUAAACACUUUGAAGUUUGUGGAAAUGUAAAAGGAAUGCAGGAGAAUAUAACAUAUUAGAUCUGGCAAAAGGUAAUACAAAGAAAAAUAGAUAUUUAUUUUGUACAAUCUUUGAAAUGCAAGUGAAAGGCCAUAAUGUAUUAUUCCAGCCCAGGUGCACUUUUGAUUUUGGCCACUAGAUGGCAGCAGUGCAUGUACAAAGAUUUAGACUCAUCCACAGAACCAUUGCAUUUCUGUUCAAAAUGUUAUAUCAAGACUGCCCAAAUGUGCCUAAUUUGUUUGUUAAUAACUUUUCAAGUUCAAAACUGUACACUCUCCUCAAACAAUAGCAUGGUAUUAUUUCACUG